UGUGGAGUGUAGUGGUGCUGUCUACCUCUCAAGGUUGUUUGGUACGGAGUGCAUAUGUCUAAAAGAGAACUCUCAAAUGGUAGCCUGAAUAUAGAUUGCCACUAAAGAUUCUUAAACUUAUUGAGUGCUUUGGUAAGUAUAGUUUUACAGUUCUUUAUUAAUUUUUUGUGCACAUUUUUUUACCCUACCCUAAAAGAGCUAACACCAAACUAUACUGCAAACUGUGCGGUUUGUAUGACCAGAUCUAACAUAGGUGUGCAGUGCAUGUGUAACGUAGGGUUGUUGUCUUUUGAAGAGGCAGAAAUAUUUGGAUAUUUUGGUGACUAACGAGGGGUUUACUGCACUGCGUUUCCCCCCACAGAUGAGGGUAGAAAGAAUGCUUUAAUCUGAGUUCAUGCACACAUAGUGAAGUGUGGCAGUGAUUGUAAUAACCCCAAAUUGUUGAUAAUGACAGUAUUAAAGUAAGGGAUGCAUGAUAGUUAUCGGGGUUGAUAAUUGGGGGACAUUAUAUUGUGUAUUAUUAACGACAAUGGAAUUAUGCCCAAUUAUACAAAGCCAAAUUGCUUCAAAGUAAACGAGAUCUACGACGUGCAAACUAUUGACAUGUAUCUAGUUAUUCUUUAUAACAAGUCAUGCAAGUUGAGAUAUAAGCUAUGCAAUAAUAGAAAACCAUUGAACAUAAUUCUUAACUUUUGAGUUAUAACACUAUUUUACAUGCUAUAAUUACAUGUCAUUUCUGCUAAGAGUGCACUUUUGCUUAGGAGGAUGCAGUCUUGUUGGUAAUAAGAACAAGAAAUAACUUCCUUUGUCACUGGUUUUGCUUCAGUACAUACGAGCCGGUUUGCAGUCUAGUUUGGGAUUCAGGGUGCAGAGAAAAUUAACCGUAGAAAACUUAAAUGUCUUUGGCUUCCAACGUCAGUGUUUCUCAGUCUUGGUGUGUGUUGUUGUGAAGUCCCAUUGAUGUAAUUAGAGAUUUCAUGUAAUAGUUGCUCAUUAAGAGAUUGAGAAACACUGUUUUUAAAACACAAUUUAUACACAGUUUCAAAAUAUGAUGUCUUAUACUUACAUUUAGGAACAUAUUUUAGCAAAAAUAAAAUAUCUUACAUUCCAGUACUAUAAGGUAAGGGUGUGUGUAUGAGACGUGAACAUAAGAUGGCCAGUAUGCUUUAAACUUCUAUUUGAGUGUAUGAAGUGUGUGAAAUACCUGCAGCUGACGGUCGUAUGUCUCUCUCUUGUGUCUUUGUCUCCUCUGCAGUUUGCACCUCACCACCUUCUGCCUGCAGUACAGACCCACUGUGGUCGCCUGCGUCUGCAUCCACCUGGCCUGCAAGUGGUCCAACUGGGAGAUCCCCGUGUCCACAGACAGCAAACACUGGUGGGAGUACGUGGAUCGCAGCGUCACGCUACAGCUGCUGGACGAGCUCACACACGAGUUUCUUCAGAUCCUUGAAAAGACGCCCAGCAAACUGAAGAGGAUACGAAACUGGAGGGCUAUUCAAGCAGCUAAGAAGCCAAAGUCGGAUGGCUCUUCUGUGGACAGUGUGUACCAGGGGACGUCCUUAGAUGGCCUUCCCGGAGUCAGCAACUCCUUCUUCCCCUCUACUUCCUCAGACUCUUCAGAUAUGCCGUCCCUCAACAACAUCGCAGCCUCCUACGCUUCCUACCAGCCGCUGAGCGACGAGUCAAAGAGCUGCGGAUACGACAACUUCCCCGAGCCGGACUUCACGCUGGUGAAACACGAACACAAAGCUGCCGGCGGCUCCAGCAGCAAACAGCAGCCGCUCAAUGCAAACGCUGCCACUUUUUCACGGCCGCAGAAAGUGUUGACUCUGGAAAAGUACCGAGAGAAACACGCGGCGACGGACGUGACCUCGCAGAACGGCGUAAAGGACGAGUCGAACACAGACAUGUACAUACCUCCCCAAACCUCCUCGCACCACCACAAGAAACGCUCCCAGCAGGCGGGGCAGUCGGGCGACGGCAGGAGAGAGAAGAGCAGCUCGAAAAAGGCUCGGCUGCCUCACUCUUUAGCGGAAAACGGCUCGGCAACGGGUGAAGAGCUCAAGAUGAGAAUCAAAGUUUCGUCGGAGCGUCACGGCGGCUCGGAGCCAGGCGGUAAAGACAAGCACAAAGAGCAUCACCGCCACUCGAAACACGGCCACUCGCAUCCUUACGCCCUCAGUGGGAACGCCCGGGGGACAAUAGACAGCGCCUCGUUAUCGAUAAGAGCUCCUGACGGGGCCUCCUCCUCUUCCCGAAAAAGACCUCACUCUGAAGCAGGAAACCACCACCACCAUUCGUCCAAGAGCCGGAGCUCCAAAGCAGGUUCGGCCCAUUUCUCGUCAGAAGGAGGCCAGAGGAUGAUGGAGCAUCACGGCCACGACGGCACCAACGGCAUGCUGACCACAAACGGCCAACACACCGACUACAAAGACACUUUUCGACAUGCUGGACUCUUUACUAAGUGCCCAAGGAAUGAACUUGUAACCCUCGGAGAGUCCGCAGUGUUGUCUAGAAUAAGGUAUUACCAUGUUUAAUAGAAAGAAUUUAUUUGUCUUAAGUUAUCUGCAUCGCCCUCAGUCGUGUCUACACACUGAUGAUUCUCUGUCAGAAAAAAAAUCAUAUGCAUAGAGCUGUGUACUACUAGCUUGCAACAAAAAAAAAAGUUUUAAAGAAUUACGGCUGAAAUAAUGAGAUUUUAAACAUUCUUUGACAUUAUGAUUUUUAUCGUGCAUGUUUUUAAGUCACAAAAGGGAAGCUAGUGUUCGCAGCCACCGUGACAGUUUACAAACGGUCCUUUUUCUUUGUUUUUUUCCCCCGUACGUUGAAGACAUUUUGUUCCACUGAAAAUCUCAGGUCUUGAACUUUUUUGAUAUAAGAACGAAUCUUCCUCUGUUUGGGUUUGUUACCUGUAUCUGUGGAGAUGUAUCACCUCGUCCGUUUGCUGACGACGACGACGGCAGCACCUCGUGUGUCUGUCUUUAGGGAAAACAUGGUCUGCUUACUUUUCAAAGAGUGCAUCAAUAGCUCAACAAAAAAAAAACGAAAAACUAACAUGUCUAUUUGCUGUUUAUCGGGACUCCUAAGGCCGCACCUGAACUUAAUGAAGUUUACGUUACAUCUGCUGUGAAAGUGCAUUUAAGAUAUAUAGGCUAAAAAUUACAAAAAGGGCCAUGUGAUUGUACCUUGUCAAUCGCUAUACUAGGGCUGCUUGAUUAUGGCAAAAAUCAUAAUCGCGAUUAUUUGGGUCAAUUAUUGAUAUCACGAUUAUCCAUUUACUUUGAAAACAUCAAUUUAUUGGAGAAUUUCUUUUUUAACAGUUGAUUACCCUGAACUUUAAGUAAAAUUCAACUGAAAAAGAAAAAAUAGUUUUAUUUAGUUUACGUAAUUGCGAUUAAAAUACGAUUAAUUGAGCAGCCCUACGCUAUACAGUAUGAUAAAUGUUAUUAACUACCAGAAAAUCUCUAAAAUAAGAAUGUGUAAAUAGGACUGUAGUUAUCGCAUCAGUCCAGACCUUCCUCAUUCAGUGUAUCAUGGGAUCUAAAGCAGCAGACUCUGUAUUGAUGAACAUAUCCUCGAUUUGUGUAUUGGGAGCCCAAAUAAAGGUGUAAAAGUGACUUCUGUGUCAAAAACAUGGA